CAAAAACUCGCUUCGCUCCGCGUUCGCUCUCGCUGCAUGAAUACCUUGUACGGCGCGACUGCGACGAUGUGCUACGCUUGCACGCCAGCUCUGCCCGCCCUUAAGAUGGUCCCCGGCCCCGGCAGGCCUGAGCCCACCGGGCCCCAAUACUUCACUUUCGAUCCUCUCCCGGAAGCCGGCGAAAGCCCGGCUCCCAGGAACCUCUCCAAAUCGAACAGGAUCAAGAAGCGAUCCCGGAGGGUGCUUUAUCCCCGAGUGGUAAGUGAACGCACCCACGCCCAGCAGGGGAGCUCGGAUUCCUGGGUUCAUCUGGAAGGGGGAGGGGGUUUUCCUGAGGGGCAGAGAAACGGGACCCCUCUUAACAGAGUGAUCCUAUGCACAUUUACUCAAGAAGUAAGCCUACUGAGUUCAGUGGGACCUUUUUCCCCAAGUAAGAGAGCGCAGGGUGGCAGCUUUGGGGGAGAUCAGCAGAUUCUCCCAAUCCAGGUUUCUAAUAAGAAGGAAGGAGGGAAGGAAGAGGACCUAAAUAAGGUUUUGCAAGCACCCUACAUUUAAAGAACACCCCCUGAGAAUUCUGGGAACUUUAGUUUGCCCCUCACAGAGCUACAAUUCCCAGCACACUUUUUUUAAAAACAACACCACAGUUCCCAGGAUUCUUUGUGUAGAGGCAGAAUGUGUUUUCUGUGUAUGGUACGUGUUUCAUAAUAUCCAGUCCUAGUUCCCACUCAGGCAGGCCUCCUGAGAUUUGCCAAAAGUUGCACAGCUGACUAAAACCCCACGGGCAAAACUUUCCCUAUCCUUGCAUCUAUCUGCAAGGUAAGGUGGCCAGCUCUUGGAUUUACGUUAUGCAUCUGCCAGGAACGCAUGACCUUUGCCAAAAAAAGGGGGCGGGGAGUGGAUGAAGGGGGAAAACCCAAAGAGCUUUGCCAGCAGGGAAGAUGGCAAUCCAGUCAACAUGCUAAAACAGGUACAGAGGCAGGAUUUGUUCACAGAUAAACAUCCCAUGUUACCUGCUUCAACAUGUUGUAGGAUCCUCCCCUCCCCACUGAAUCAAUGGGGGGAGAGUUCCCUCUCCUCCUUAGGGUUUGGGAGCAAGGACUCUCCCUAGUGGAGCAGAGCCAAGAUUUGUUUGGGGUCCCCCCCCCCUUGAAUUUUGAUCUGAGGAAGGGUGGUUGUGAAUUGGUUGGUGGAGCUAAGUAACUGCAUAGGUGAGAUUAGGAGGGGUGUAUUUUGAAAAAUGCAUUGCAACAUGCUGACAGCAGAGGGAAAUCCCUGGUGAGUUUGGUGCAGGGCAGUGGGAAACAGCAUUGCAUUCUGGGAAAAGGGCCGCCCUGCCUCUGGAUUUCUAGGCCAGCUGAAAGGGAUUCUGGGAAACACGCAUAACUGUGAAUGCGAAUCUGGGAUCAUUCUUGUGUUUCUAACUGCCUGCUCUUCCUCUCUUUACAGGUAAAGCGCUACUAUCCCGCCGAAGAGCGCAGCUACGUCAAACACCUUUUCGUUAUCCUUCUCACUAUCAUCUUCUUCCAAGUCUACAGCGCUGAGGAAGAAUUCGCUGUCUUGGACGCCUCCCAGAAUGUGGAGGAAAACGUCUCUGUCUGCUCCACAGAGAUGAGGGGAUCCCAGGAGGAGAACCUCCUUGAGCAGCUCAUCGUGGCCUCCUUUGAAAUCGAAGAGGCAGCCAACAGCACCGGUUGGGACUGGGGAGAUUGGGAGGCAGCCGAAUCUGCCAUCGACAUCACUCAGUUUUUGGAGCAGAGGCCAGCUGCUUUCUGAAGACCCCCAAGGGGCGAGAACUGUGAGGGGGGAGCCCGGGCUGGAGUGCUCACAUCUGGCUUGAGAAAAAGCAGAAUUCAAGCCACGAAUGAGUUAAACGCCGUUUGAAACACAGCCAGCUCCUUCUGGCAUUCCGGAGCAAUUUUGCUCCAAACCCAGCAAGACUGACGUCAAAAGAAACUUGAACCAACACUACAUUUUGAACGGAAAGGGGAAGGUUUUGUGUUUUUAUUUAAUGUUAUUUUAUUUCUGCAGCAGAUCAGACAUCUGGCAGGCAGAGUGAAGGAUGUUAAUUUAAUAUUUAUUUAAUUAAUAAUAAUAAUUAUUAAUAAUAAUAUGUAUAAUUUAAUGUGUUUAAUUUAAACUGACUUAAUUUAAAUCUGCAUGAAACUGGGAGUUUGCAAGUGAAAAUGCUGGCUUACACCGUUGGGCUGAAAUAAAAACACACACAACUUGUCAUGUACGUCUUUCUCUGUCGUGGCCGGACAUAAUCGUUUUAGAGCUUAAGUGGGGAAACAUUUUAAAAAAUUAUGACGGUUAGGAACAUUGGAGGAUGGUGCUAUGGUGUUCUUAGCUGGUUUGGUGGGGAAAUUAUUAGUGUGACAGCUUUGAGAUUACAGAAAAUCAGAUAGGUAACAACCCUCCCACAAGCUCUGACAUUUUCUGAGGCUGAUGGGGGAAAAAACAAGCCACAGCAAUUCUGGCUCACUGACAGAGAAGGACACAGUGAAAAGGAAAAGCAAAGGCAUCAUAGGAGACUUGACUUAAAAUUUAUUCUGCUCCGGAUAUUAGCCAGCGGUGUUUGCUUACUGUGUAAGCAUGCUCUCAAAAGCAGCGACCACUUCCACACCAACGUUUCCGAAAUUGCAGUAGAUUUCUUUUGUGAAUUGCACUUGUGCGUGUCCACGCUAUUGCAGAUGAACUGUCUGAACUCUGUAUGUUCUGUGAACAAAAGUGAAUAAAUGUUUUACAUGAGACACA